UCAUUCUGUUACUUUCAUUUACUGAUAUAACUUACGUUGAUAAUAGUUGAAAAUUUGUCAACAAUGUUGUAGUUUUACUAUAAGCCACUUUCAUUAUUAAAUUUUAGCUGAAUAACUGUACAAAAUCAUGCAAUAAUAUUAGAAUAUUAAUUUUUAUAAUUUAUGUAAAAUAAUUCACUAGUUUUCAAAUGUAGGAUGUUAAGACAUUCAUCUUAGUAUGGCAUUUAACAAAAAAACCAUAACUGGUUCAAGACCUCAACUUAAAGAAAAAGUUGUUCAAAUAUACGAGUUAUUUUUUAUGGGUGAAGAUAUUUCAAAAGAUAAUGAUAACUUCUGGGAUGAAUUCUUUCUACUUAAGCCAAAAACUUCUUUUAUUGAAGCAGAGAUUGAAAAACUAACAAUUGAAAAACUUUUUACAUUGAAAAAUAAUAUGCAAGUUUUGUUUUUAAGGUGUAUUGAAACCUUUGAACAACAUCAUCAAUUAAGAGUCAUUUUUUCAUUAAAGACAUUGACUUCUAUUAUAAGUAGUUUAUAUAAAAAAUGCAGGCUUGAUCCAAUUUUUGAUUUCACGCCUAUUAUUGUUAAUCCAAAAGACACUGAUAUUAUUUUUGAAAAUUUAUUGAAAAAAUGCAACUUAAUGUUGUGCGAACCUGAGUGUGUUGUUGUCAAAGAUCUGUGUCUACAACUAUUACUGACAAUAGUUACUGGAACUGAUAAUCUCAGUGAUAAUCGAAUUAUUUGUCAUUUAAUGUCUAAUAGUGUGUUUGAAUCUUUAAUUGAAAUACUUUCUAAUAAUAUUUAUCGAACUUAUCAUGGUUGUGAUUCAAUUUUAUUACUAACACUGUUAAUGAGUGUAGAAUCAGAUAAACAAACUAAUCCUUAUAUAGUAAAAUUAUCAUUACUUGACAAAGAAGAUGUUUUAAAUGGAUAUAGUCAGAUUAUUCGUUGGUCAUUAGAAGAAAUUUGCUGCCAGUACCGAUCUGAAGAAAUUUCUCACCAAUCAAACAAUACUUGGUUAAAUGCAUUUACUAAUGCUGUUAGUAGUAUGCUUUUUGUACCAAAUACUAAUGUAGAACAAAACAUUGAAAUUCCCAAAGAAAUCAGGUCUAUAAGUGGUAUUCUCAUAUCUCUAUAUAAAGCUGUACAUUAUAAUAGACAUUUUAUGACCACACUAACUCAUUGUCAUAUUUCUAAUGGCUAUGAAAUGCAUCCAAGUAUUAAACAACAAACACAAGCUACCGCAGUUGCUAAUUUAGAUACUAUUCCAUCCACAGUUAAUCAAUUUUCAAAUCUACUAGUCACCUUUUUUCAAUAUUGCUCGGUUGUAAUGCAAGACACCAAGACUGAAGUGAAUGCUAAUAAUUCAUUAUUAUGUUUUGUUAUUUUAUGUACUAUGACUGAUGAUCAAUUUGCUAACUCAUUAAUGCAUGAUGUUAACUUACAGUUUAAAGUAGAACUUUACAGGCCCCCUAACAGACGUUAUAUGUUUAUGCCUGAUAAAUCAGCAAAACCUUUAGCAGCUGCUCUUUUAGAUCUUAUGAUUGAAUUUAUGCUUGGACACAUGAUGAAAAAAUUACCAUUUGAUCAAUAUAUGAUAUGUACUACUAUAAUUCAUCGCAUCAUCUGCUAUCAAAAACAAAAUAGUAUUCGAUUAUCCUACAACUGGAAAGAUCUAUGGAGCUCUUUAAUUAUGCUAUUAAAAUUUUUAAUCACCUAUGAACAUCAACUUUCACAAGAAAUCAAUAUUUUUGAUUUAGGAAUACAGGUUGUCAAUAUAUUCAAUUUAUUUAUCACAUAUGGUGAUAUGUUACUACCUUCUCCAAACAGCUAUGAUGAACUUUAUUAUGAAAUCAUUAGAAUGCACACAGUAUUUGAUAAUAUUUAUGUACUAUCAUCAAGAAAUUCAUUAACAGUAAGUGAAUACAAAACAUCUGCUUCAAAAUUAUCUAAUUCUUUAAUAAAUAUAAGAGCAAUAAUUAAUCAUUACAUCCCAAAAAUUGAUAAUUGGCUGGAAAAAAAUUCAGUAACAACACCAGUUGGCGAGGAUAUUUUAGAAGUAGUAAGAAGUAACUAUGAUACAUUAACACUGAAAUUGCUAGACUGUUUAGGGAGUAUAAAUUCAAAUAAUAAAUCUAUUCAUACCCAAUCCAGCUCAACACUAAUUAAGUUAAUGGUUGGUAAGGUUAUUAAAGAUAUCCGUCAAUCACUUAAACAUGCAAACACAGAUUUACAGCAAAUUUUGCAAAAUUUUUCAUUAUAUACAAACAAUUAGCUAGCCUCUAUAUGUCCCAAUUAAUUAUAGUUCUUCAUUAAAUUUGAUCAAAUUAACACUUCAAAAUUUUUUUUGCUAUUUUCGUAGUACAAAUAUAUUUAUUUUAUAAGUGUUAUUAAUAUAAGAUAAUAAAAAUUGUAUAAAUUAUCAUGCAUGGUGAAUGCAUUUAUUUAUGACAACUUAAUUUUAUUAUUAAUAUUAUAUGAAGCUUUUUUUACAUCAAGUAUAGCACCAAAACUAAAAUAAAUAUUGAUCAUUUGGUAUGCUAUAAUUUGCUUGAUUAAAUAUUCUUUAGCUGAUAUUUAACAUGAGAAUCAAAAAUAAAAUGGCUAUUUUAGUAUUAUA